AUGGAUUCCUUGGACUCCAAGACAGAAACCAUAGGGGAUAAAGAGAAACUGAUAUCUAAGCGAACUAGGAAACGAAAGCGUGGUGGUCGAAAUAAUAAGAGCGAGAGCGAGACCAAAAAACCUCGAAUAUCUGACAAUGGCACUGAAUCUGACCGAACAUCUGAAAAGAUAAUUCAGAAUGGUGCCCAUAACCAUGAAAAGAAUAUAUCCAACUUCAAGGCGCCCUCAAGAAACGGCACUGCUAAAUCUGAUCCAAAUGCCGGCUCUACCAAUCUCAGGGAAAAGGCCAGGGUUCUGCUUGAAACGAGGAAGAAACUUCCUAUAUUUGCGCACGCAGACGAGAUUCGUGGCCAUCUGCGACGGACAGAUGUUAUGUUGCUUGUAGGAGAGACAGGAAGCGGUAAAAGUACCCAGGUUCCUCAAUUUCUCACUGAUGAGGACUGGUGUCGCCCUAAAUCAGUCAAGAUACCAUGUUCCCGCAACAAGCAGACGACUACUGUGGGUGGCUGCAUAGCCAUCACCCAGCCCAGACGUGUGGCAGCCGUCUCUCUCGCUCGAAGGGUAGCAGAAGAAGUAGGCUCUCCGCUUGGUUCUGCGUCUCCUGCGAGCAAGGUCGGCUAUGCGGUGCGUUUUGAUACAUCUGUUUCUCCGAGCACGCGUAUCAAGUUCAUGACGGAUGGAAUGUUGCUGCAGGAGAUGCUGAGUGAUCCGUGGCUGACCAAGUAUAGCGCUAUUGUUGUUGACGAAGUCCACGAGCGAGGGAUCAAUGUUGAUCUGCUUCUCGGGUUCUUGAGAAACAUUGCUACAGGGUCAAAGGAAGGGAGAGGAGGGGUUCCGUUAAAAAUAGUGGUAAUGAGUGCUACUGCAGAUAUGGAGAGUUUGAUGUCCUUUUUCACAGAGGGAUUUACACAGGCUUCGACUUCGAAUGGUCAACAGGGUUCUACGAUGGAAGAUGAUAUCAAUGCCAAAGCUCAAAAGGCAAGUGGUUCAAAAUCCUCAAAGAAGGGGAAAGAGAGCCAAACGAAGUCGGAUCAGAUAUCUGUCUGCCACAUCAAGGGUCGCCAAUUCCCUGUUACAACUAUAUAUUCGCCAGCACCAGUUCCGGACUUUGUGGAUGCGGCGCUUAAAACUAUUUUUCAGGUUCACUACAAAGAACCGCUGCCUGGAGAUAUACUGGUUUUCUUAACCGGGCAAGAAACAGUGGAAAACCUGGAAUACUUGGUCAAUGACUAUGCUAGUACUAUGGACAAGGAAUUACCAAAGGUGCUUGCUGUUCCUCUGUUCGCAGCUCUUCCCCAGGUUGCUCAACAAAGGGUUUUCCUGCCUACACCACCGAGAACAAGAAAGGUGAUUCUAGCCACGAACAUUGCUGAAACCUCCGUGACUGUCCCUGGAGUACGAUAUGUGAUUGACUGCGGCAAGGCCAAGACAAAGCAGUUUAGGACACGGCUUGGACUGGACUCAUUGCUUGUUAAACCAAUAUCGAAAUCUGCUGCUAUACAGAGGAAAGGUCGUGCUGGUCGAGAAGCACCCGGACAAUGUUACCGAUUAUACCCUGAGAAGGAAUAUCUUGCUUUGCCAGAGACCAACACCCCUGAGAUUCUACGAUGUGAUGUAAGCCAGGCUAUUUUAACGAUGAAAGCCAGAGGAGUGGAUGAUAUAGUUGGAUUCCCGUUUCUUACACCUCCGCCUCGGGAUGCGAUCGAGAAGGCAUUGUUACAACUUUUCAACAUCAACGCUCUGGAUGACACGGGGAAGAUAAGCCCUGUCGGUAGCCGGAUAGCAAAACUUCCACUUACUGCACCAUUAGGUCGAGUGCUUCUUGCUGGAGCUGAAAAAGGUGCUCAAUGUCUUCGAGAUGUUAUCGACAUCAUUUCCUGCCUGAGUGUGGAGAAUAUCUUUUUAAAUACGCUAUCAGAGGAGAAGAAGGAACAGGCAGACCUGGCGAGGCGUGACUUGUACCGGAGAGAAGGAGACCACUUAACGAUGCUUGCCACCGUCCGGGCAUAUGCGGCUGAAAACGCAGAUAGAAAGGCAUGGGCUGAACGCCACCUUGUCUCUCAUAGAGCAAUGCAGGCAGUUAUGGAUGUACGGAAGCAACUACUAGCGCAGUGUAAGCAGUCAAAGCUAUUUGGCAAUACGUCGUUUGAAAACGAUGAAUCUAUACCCCUGGGAAACGAAGAUCCAGUCCCGAUAUUGACGAGCUUUCUUACCGGGUUUGCUACAAAUACAGCACGGUUGCUCCCUGACGGCAGCUAUCGAACCCUGGUAGGAAAUCAAACUGUUGCUAUACACCCAUCCAGUGUACUCUUUGGCAGGAAAGUUGAGGCCAUCAUGUACAAUGAAUUCGUCUUUACCAGUCGAAGUUAUGCAAGAGGUGUCAGCGCAGUACAGAUGAAUUGGAUUGGAGAAGUUUUAGAUGGUUCUUCAUAA